GAAACGUGGAAAGAAUGUAACAAUUUGUUUAAUAUUCACUUUGCGCAAUUUGUCAGUAUUAAAGUUGUCACAAUUUCUAAUUCCGAUUAUGAAAGCACGUAAUGAAUUAUGGAAUAACAGAAAACGUGCAAAAAAGAUAACAUUACGUAUAAUAUUUAAAUAAAAAUGGUAUUUCAAAUAACAUGUUAAGGCAGCAUUGGAAUUGAUGGAGUUUUUAGCUUUUUAAAAGUGUUUUUAGAACUACAUACGAACAUCAUAAGUAUUUUAAGCGCUGUAAUAUUUUUUUGUGUAUGAACAUGUGAAACAUGUCUUUCCACUUAUUUAAUAAUAAACAGGCUAUCUUCACUCAUGAACUGCAAGAUGUUUGCAAACAGGGUGUAGAAAAUGUGUGGCAUCCUCUUGAAAUCAUGAUCACAUUGACACCACAGCAAGGAAGCAGUGGCCAACAGGAAGUGCAUGCUCAUAUUGACCUUCAUGUGACAUGUUCAGAGCGGUACCCAGACCAGGUGCCAAAAAUUGAACUUGAGAAUAGCAAAGGACUGUCAGUUCAGCAAGUUGUUCAGUUACAGUCUGAGUUAGACAGUUUAGCUCAGGAACUUAAAGGUGAAGUGAUGAUAUUUGAACUUGCUCAACAUGUACAAAAAUUUCUGCAUAUUCACAACAAACCAGGAUUUAAAUCUUUCUAUGAGGAGAUGUUAUCACGGCAGGAACAGCAGCAGGAACAGCAGCAGCUAAUUAAGAAGCAGAAGGAAGACAAACAGCGACAGGCCAUCCAGGAUGAAAUUCAGAGAAAGAAGGAGGCACUGCAGGAGGAGAAGCAACGCAGGAGAAGUCAUUGCAGGUCUGUUGGGGAUGAUAAAGUUUCAGCUGUUAACAGUGACCAUCUGGGUCACAUUGAGAGGAGUCGGAGUUGCAGCUAUGUACGCACCUGCUCAAAUUCCAGGAGGAGAAGUCAGAGCACGUCCGAGAGUAGUGAGGGUUCCCUGUGCAGUCACAAGGGUACGAAACUCUUACACUUCAGUCAUAGGGGUGAGAGACAGAUUUACCGUGGUACAUGUUUAGGUCACAGCCCUAGAGGCAGUGUAGUGUAUGCUGGUGUGGACAUUGCAACAGGUGAAAUGGUUGCUGUUACUGAAUGGACAUUAAAAUUGAAGCCAAAGAUCAGCAAGAAAGUGACUUUCCAUGAUGCAGAUUCUGAGUCCAAUGAUUUCACAAAGUAUAUGAAGCAGGUUAAUAGUAUUGAGCAAGAAUUGAAUUAUCUUCAGAAACUGAGUCAUGAAAACUUGGUUCAGUAUAUUAGUAUGAAAUACGUGCAGGAAAAAGAAAGUGUAGUAAUUUUUAUAGUUCAGGAAUUUGUAAAUGGUAUAAAUUUGGCCUUCUGUCUGAUGGAAAACUUGUCUCUAGAUGUAGAUUUCUUGCGGCAUUAUUCUACUGGAAUUUUGAGUGCAUUGGCAUGCUUGCACAGUAACAAUGUUGUCCAUAAAGACCUCCGAGAUACCAGUGUGUUCAUCAGUAAAUCUGGCGUGGUUAAAGUUGGAGAUUACAGCCUGGACAAACGUCUGUCAGAUAUUUUCCAGGCCACUUUGAAUGGGAAAGCAGAGAACAUUUACCCCCCAUCUCUUGGUCGAGGAGGCAAGAAAGCUGAUAUUUACCGCUUUGGUAUUCUGAUGUUGUCCCUUAUCAGGGGCUGUGUCAUCCAUGACACUGUACCUGAAAUGCCAUCUAAUCUUCAGCCUGACCUUAGGGAUUUUCUGUCUAAGUGCCUGUUGAAAGAUGAGCGACAGAGGUGGAGUGCAGAACAGCUGUUAGAGCAUCAGUUUGUUAAAAGUCCCAUUGAACAUGGGCUGAGUCCACAGCGAAGUACAGAAGAAAAGCAGUAUAAAUAUACAGAAGAGACCGAAGAUGAGGAACCAGAUUCUGAUAUUCACUUUUUCUUGCCAGCUAAUCCAAAAGGACAAUCCAGAAUACAGAAUGAAUUUGAAAGUUUAAAGUGGUUAGGGAAAGGUGCCUUUGGAGAUGUUUUGAAGGUUCGUAAUAAAUUGGAUGGUGGUGUAUAUGCUAUUAAACGUAUUGAGUUGAAUCCAAAGAACAAGCAGCUCAACAAGAAGAUAACUUGGGAAGUGAAGCUUCUGUCCCGUCUCAAUCAUGAAAAUGUGGUGCGCUACUACAACUCAUGGAUAGAGAGUGCGACCAUUGAGCCUGCUUCAGUACUGAGCAGUAUUGCCCCCUCUCCUGCACCUGUUCACACAAAUAAGUUGAAUUCUAACCAGUUAGUCCUCACUGAUGAUGUCGAGAAAUUGGCUCCACCCAUGAAGGAUGAGUGUGUGGAGUGGAGUGUUUCGUAUGAAUCCAGAGUAAGUGCUUUGCAUGAGGAAAGUGCCAGUUCCGUUGACAGCUCCGAUGAAGAUGAGGGUUGGAUUACUUUUUUGCCUUGUUCUGACUCAUCAGAUGGGAUUAUAUUUGAGAAGGAUGAAGUGGUAACAUCAUGUUUGCAGUCUCAAACUGGAUCUUGCAGUGUGAGUGACACAGAUUGUGAUCAGAAGAAAGAUUCUGCUGUUGCACACUGCAAAGAAAUUCAGUUCAUGUUUAUUCAAAUGGAGUUUUGUGAGAAGAGUACUUUAAGGACUGCAAUCGACAGUAGAUUAUGUGAGGAUGAGGAACGAGUGUGGCGGCUGUUCAGGGAGAUGGUUGAAGGUUUGGCUCACAUCCAUCAGCAGGGUAUGAUUCAUCGAGACCUUAAACCAGUAAACAUUUUCCUUGAUUCAAACGAUCAUGUUAAGAUUGGAGAUUUUGGACUGGCCACAACCAACAUCCUUCCAAGACAUCUGGCCUCAACUCCUGAUGGCAAGUUGACAGACAUACCUUCGUUUUCACAGGAGAUGGGUGACGGCUCCUUAACUGGGCAGGUGGGAACAGCUUUAUAUGCUGCUCCUGAACUCACUACAUCAGGCAAGAAGGCAAUUUACAAUCAGAAAGUCGAUCUCUACAGUUUGGGUAUAAUUUUCUUUGAGAUGUGUUAUCAUCCACUUUUAACAGGCAUGGAGAGAGUGAACAUUUUAGUAAAUCUUCGGAACAAUGAAAUUAUUUUCCCCUCUGAUUUUACAGAAGAUGAAAGACUGCAACAAGUUUAUAUUAUUAGGUGGCUGUUAAAUCAUGACCCAAGUCAACGUCCAACAUCUCUUGAGUUAUUGCAGUCAGAUUAUGUCCCACCGCCUGAGCUAGAAGAAGCAGAGCUGCAGGAAAUGGUUCGUCACACGUUGUCCAAUCCACAGAGCAAAUCAUACAAAUAUCUUGUAGGCUCUUGCUUUAAACAGGAGGUAACGCGAGCAGAAGACAUAACAUAUGACAUGAAUGUUGGCAAGAAUGCUUCAUUACCUAUGCUACUGAUGCUGCAAGAACUGGCAAAAGAAAGAAUUGCACUAGUGUUCCAGAAGCAUGGUGCCACCUGUUUGUCAACUCCUCUCCUCAUGCCACAGAAUGUGUUAUAUGACAAUACAGAUUCCUGUGUGCGCCUCAUGUCUCACUCUGGUGGCAUCGUCACCAUCCCACAUGAUCUCCGCGUUCCAUUUGCACGCUAUGUGGCCCGGAAUGGGAUUACAUGUCUCAAGAGAUACACAAUUGAUAAAGUGUACAGGGAAAAAAGAGUAUUUGGUUUUCAUCCAAGAGAGCUGUAUGAAUGUGCAUUUGAUAUUGUCACUCCAAUCACAGGAACUCUGAUGGCAGAAGCAGAAUUACUUUCUGUAGCUUGGGAAGUUGUGAAUGAGUUCCCUAGUCUUCGAGACAAGACCUGCCUGAUUCGUUUAAAUCAUGCGUCUCUCUUGAAAGCAAUUUUGAUACAUUGUGGGAUAGAGGAAGAGAAGUACCAUGACAUUUACAUGAUCCUUAGUGAAGCUAGGGAUGAGAAAUACUCUAAGUUUCAAGUACAGACUCAUUUGAUCAGUCUUUGUUUAAAUGACCAAGCAAUGGUUACAUUGUUUAGUCUUAUUGAGACAGAGAGUCCGAUCUCCAAAGUAGCCAGUGCUUUCCGUGUUAUUACCAAGAGGAAGGGUGAGGCAGCAUCAUUAGCCAAGCAAGGCUUCCAUGAGUUAGAAACAAUUAUUAUGAAUGCAGAAGCCCUAGGAGUGAAGUGUCCUAUUGUGGUUGCCCCAGGGCUUGUAUAUAAUGUGCAGCAAUACUCUGGUAUGAUGUGUCAGUUUGUAUGCGAAUUGAAAAAGAAACGAAGAAGAGGUGGGUUGGAUGUUAUUGCAGCUGGUGGGACAUACGAUAAAAUGCUGGCUGACUUCCGUAGGACACUAGACAUGACUAGUGUGGCUUCAAAGGAGGUAAGUCAGGCUGCAGCUGGGAUCAGCAUCUCACUUGACAAGAUAGUGUCUGCGUUACAAGAUGAGAAUAAUGUACCAGCUGUGGAUGUCGUGGUCUGUUCCGUUGGUAAUCGGUCCAUGGUGAAGGAGAAGGCAGCUGUAAUCCGAGAGCUGUGGGCAGCUGGCAUAAAGAGUUCUCUCAUUGACAGUCUCCAGAGUUUGGAAGAAAUCAAGGACUACUGCCAAGAAAAUUUAGUGCCUCACAUAGUUAUGCUGAAGGACAUAGAGACAGGGACACUUCGGGUUUGUAGUUGGGAAAAGGAAAGGUUCCAAGAGAGGAAGGUGAAUAUGUGUGACUUGGUGGAGUUUUUACAACGAUUGCUGAAGAACAGUGGUGAAUCUGCAGAUGCACACAGCAUGCUGAUGAGAUCAGAGUGCAGAGUGCCAAAUACUGAUCUUGCAGGAGGAAAUCCGUUGCUGAAUUUCAACUUCAUCACUCUGGAGAAGUACCAGAACAAUAGUCGGAGGAGAUACGAAAUUCAGAUGUUGUCACACAUGUCCAGCACACUUCAGUGUCUCUCUGCCAAAGUUCGUGUGGAAGUGUUGGCUUUGAACCUGGAAUCUGUUGUGGUAAAGACUUUGGCUACACAUCUUGAGUUGGAUUCAGACCAACAAGAAUUCCAGAAGAAUAUUGGACUAGUUACUGAAAGGCACCCGCGCCAUAAGAAAUACUUGAUAAGAAUCUGUGAUGAAAUCCAUGAUCUGAGAUGUGAAAAGAACUGUCCAGUAAUUAUUUUGUAUAGCUUAGGUGACAACACUUUUAAAGUUCUUAUGUGACUGAAUGUUCCUACUACUAAUGCCUGUAUUGAGCAACAAAAAGACAUUCAGAAGUUAUUUUAUGUGUGUGUCUGGAUUGAGAUAUAAUUUAUAUUAGAUAUUGAUGUCAAGAAAUGUCUGUGUUUUGAAGGAUGAUUGCUGCCUAACCCACAGCCAGUAUAAAACUACCUUAUUAUAAUAAACGUAAUGGCCAUAUUGGUAUCUGGAACACUUUACAUUCCACCAUAUUUUGUUACCAGUCUGUGUUGUGGACAUACUGUACAGCCAGGGAAUAUGUUAUAGGUCACAUACUUUGCAGGCUACAUUACUUGUAUUUAAGGAGUAGAAAGUUACCAGUGAGCCCUGAUAGCAAUAAUUCCUGUUCGCUAUGCUCUCUAAACUGUUAUUUAGUAUUUUUAUGGGAUAUUUGGGAAACAGUUUCCUUCCUUUUCACUUUGAUAGAAAGAACAGUUUUAUUCAGUAGAACCAGAGCGCCCAAAUGCCACAGCUGAGUGGUUACUACUCCUGCAUCAUAUUUGCGAGGUCCUGGGUUUAAAUUUCGGCCCAGAGACCAAUUUUCCUGACUUAGGCUUUACGGCUUUACAUAGUUUUCCCAGACCCUCCAGGCAAAUGCCAGGAUAGUGCCUUAAAUUAGGCCACUUCUAUAUUCUUUGAAAUUCCUUAUUCACUAAUCACUCUUUUAUCCUGUGCUGUGUAGUCUGAACUACUGACAUUUAAAUAAAAUGGCUAAGUUAUAGUAAAUUCAUUGCACAGCGGUGAGUGUGAAGAUGAAUCGCCCUGAUGAUGGAGGCAGUAUGACCUCAGAAACGUUGGUUAACAUUGACCAGACUACACAGUGCAACAACCCAGAAGACAGAAAUCUUCAGCAAAUUAAUUGUUAUUAAUUUAAAGGGGAAUUAUAGCACACAGAUUUACAGUUUUCAGUCUUCGACAUAGACGUUUCACAAGCUGACUAAUCUCUGUACAUAAUUUGUCUAUGUGUCAGUUUAGUGAACUGUAAGACAAAUAUUUUCAAUGUCUGUGUAUCAUUGAAAUACUUUGUAAUAUAAGCUCUUCUGCAAAGAAUGCAUAAUGGCCGUGAUCAUAUGUGAAUAGGGAUUUAAACCUGCCUACUAUGCGUCUGCCAACGAGGAAUUAAACUGUUAACCAGUAUACUAAUGUGAUGCGUGACCAGCUGGACUGUGCUUAAACCUUGACACAUGGUUGAUAAAGGAUGAUUUAUAUAGUCAUGUAAAUGUUAGAUCAUUCUAGUUUACAUUUUAAUAGCAGGAUGAAUGUAUGAAAAUAUACUGGCAAAUAUAAUUGAAAGUAUGUGAAGUACCACAUUUUCAAAACUGCAUUGGCCUUUGUAAAUAUAAUAAAUGUUACAUAAUUAAUUUGUUUUUAUUUCUUUUCAUUACAAUGAAAUUUUAUUGUUACAAAUAUAAUUUGUCAUCCCAUAACAGUUUGUUAUAGUGAGGGUUUAGUAAACUGGUGAAUUGGGCAUGGCAGUAAAGGGCUCUUACGUACCAUACAUGACAAGGACCACAGAAACUACAUUUUGUUUAUAGAUGCCAGUUAUUUGAAUGUAAUGCCCUUAUUUCUAGAUAGAAUUUGUGAUUAAAUUAAUAUUGAACAAGUAAUUUAUUUAUGCGAUAUUGAAAUAUUUGUUUUGAGGGCUGGAAUGUAUUUGCUCUGGAUAUCGGAUGCCGUUACGUUCAGGAAGAGACAAGGUUUGUUUGACAGUUUGCAAGAAAUGUGAAACGUAUUGUGUGGUGCCAUAAGGUGGAAGAAGUUUGUAAAAUGACCAGUGUACAGUCAAGGCUUGCACUGGCUGAUGGGCUAGUGCUGAAUGCUGUCGCUUUUUUUUGAAUUCCUAAGUUCCAUGACUUUUGUGCUCAGUUUAUGUUUUCCAUUAUUAAAAUAUGAAUUCUGGUGUAUGCAAUUUUUAUUCCUGGUUUGCACUGUAAAUUACUUUAUGGUUUUUAUAGUAAUCGGUUGACAUAAGCAGAAGAAUGUUUACUGUGAAUUUAGUGUUGAAUGUGAUAUACAGAAACGGUAGUAAAAAAAUAUGUUUUACAUGUCAGUGUAACUUUUAUAAAAUAUUUUGGUCUCAGCGUUGACAUAAAAUGGACUGUAAUAUCAGUGUUUAAAUCUUGCCUUGAUACUUACACAUUGAUUUUGCAGGUGAUUUCUACAUGAAUCAGUGUCAGGAAAUUUAUAAAGAAUAUCCUUGAAGUGAUGCUUUUGUGCCACAUGUGGCACAAUCUGUUUAUAGGUUUACAUUAAUGUCAUUAAAUGUUCACUAAAGUGCUUGUACAGGAAAUUGUAGGUAUCGUAUAAUUUUUAUAGUAAAUUGCCCAUCAUGAAUGAUGGGAAAAUCUAAA